AUGUAUUUAAUAAGAUGUAUAAAAAUUUGUAUUUUUAGUGUAUCCAAUGCAAUAGUAGAUCAAUUACUUUUGGAUAUUGAUCAUGUAUGUUCCGUAUCUGGUGAAGAAGAUUUAUCUAGUUUGAAGAAAUAUGUUUUAAUUGAACGAGGAUGGAGGUGUCUAACAGUUUUACAUUUGCUUGGCACUCAAGAAGUUCAACAACUUAAGGAAUUGGCUAAUGUCUUAGUAUCAAUUUUUACAAUAUUUAAUGACGAUGCUGAUUGUAAAACAAGUUAUGAUGAUGAAAUCAAAUCGAAAACUCAACUUAAUUCUUUGUAUGAUAGAUCAGUCCUAGUUAUACCAAGAUCUCGCCGAGUAAGCUCUGUGUCAGCAAAUAGGAUUAAAACUCAUUCUUUGGAAGGGGAUAAACCAAAAAUGGUUGAGGAAUCAAGCGAAUCGGAGGCUCAAACUGCAUUAGACAUGAUGAAGUCGCCUAGCACACUACGUAUUAGAUUUAACCCUAUGGACUUUGAUUAUUUCACAAAUAUUGUACGUAGUGAAGAUGAACACUAUGGGUCUGAUGAAGAAGAAAUUAACUUGUCCAAAAGAAGAAAUUUGUAUCCUGGUUAUUUUUAUGACGAACAUAUUAAAUCUAUUAUCAGUCAUACUUCAACUCCGAGCCAAAUAAAGUUAUUAGUACUAGAUUUAUUAACACAAAUUUUAUUGUUUAGUACACAGAACCCUUUAAAAUAUAAUUUAAAAAGUAGUCACCAGUUUGUGCCAUUUAUUGUUAUGAAGUUUUCAUUAGAUAGUAUAUGUAUAUCUCAGUUUGAUGUCAGCAAUAAAGAUGAUGAUGUAAUACAAUCAAAAAUGUUGUAUAAUAUGGUUUUGGCUGUUAAAAAAUUAUAUCAGUAUCAAAAUAUCAGUGAAACAAUUACUCAAGAAGGUAUUGUACCUUUAUUGUUGCAAAUUUUAGAAAACAUAAUGAACAAAUCAAGAAUAAACGAAUUAAAAGAAUAUCCUUGUCGUCAAAAAAUUCUUUUCGGUGUUGUGUGUGCACUACUAAUGUUGUUUUCGUUGAUGUUAUUUGAGUGUAAUUCAUAUAAUAGUCAUUUCCAUUUUUUAAAACAAAUUCGGGUAAUGCUUGACUGCCAACGUGGCAAGCUAAUUGAAAAAUGUAUUUCAAUAAUACUUAGUGUACGAGAUCAAGACGCAGAACUUUCCACUAACCAUGUUAAAAUUGUUAUAAAUUUACUUGGCUUAUUAGUGUUGAACAUGAAGAAAAUAAGACAACGUAUGGUACAUUUACAGCAUUGCAACAAAAUUAGACAUAGACAUUGCACUAAAUCUAUGUUGCAUCAUCAUGAUAAUCUCUUUGGAGAAGUAUAUGUAAGUAGUAUAGUUCCAUCUCAAGAUACUGGCCAAAAUUGUUGUGUUACUUCAUUGUCAAUGAUUCUUAUACGUCUUAUGAUCAACUUGGAUAGUCAAGAUAAAGAAUUAUGGUUUUAUUUGGCUAAGACAAUUGGAGUAAUAGGAAUAUGUUGUUGCGUGCCACUGUCUAUAAUUUUACCAAAGCUAUUAAAAAUGGUAGGUGACCAUGACUAUAAAAAGAGUUACAUAAUAUUACAACUCAUGGAGAAAACUUUGUACCGAGAUACAGGCAUUGCAUACAAAGAUAAUUCUUGUAAGGUAUGCUGUGAUGACGAAAAUACUUCAGAAAGUAGUAUGAAUUCUUAUGAAAAAAAUAAGAAAAAGAAAGAACAAAAAUGGAUUACUUUUGAACUGUUUAGAAAAUUAUUGACUGGUUCAAGCACUAAACUAUCAUAUACAAUUGGAUUACAUUUGUCGAAAAAUGCUUCAGUAUUUAUAAAGGAUAUUCAACAUGUUAUGUUGUUUCGUAUAUUUUAUCCAGUAUUUAAAACGAGCGAAAAAUCAUACAGGGAAAAUAAGAGCGAUUCUGAUCGUUUUUUAAUAAAUGUUUCGUUAAAUAUAUUCAACAUACUAUUAGCUUCUCUAGAUUUUACAUCAGAAUUUGAUUCAAUGAACGGUGUUAAAUACUUAAAAGGUUUAAUAACUGAUCCAAUUUUUACGAAAUUGUCUUGUAAUGUGUUGGAAACAAAAAUCAUGUCAAAAAUGUGGCCCUUGAAUCAAAUUAAAGCAACUCCAAUUUUAAUUACAGAUAGUCAAGCAGAAGAUUUAAAUAUUAUUGUAACUGCAGUGUUUAAUUUAGUUGAUUUAUUUUGUGGCUAUGUGAUGAAACCACAAUCCAUAAAAAUUAAUUUGAAAUUUAAAUACAGUUUAUCAGCUUUGUCAGAAUUCUUAAGAGAAGACUUGACUUUCAAAACUGUAGAUGAGUACCAUGAAUAUAAUAGUGUUAUAAUCAGAUUGGGUGAUUUAUUUCAAUGUUUAGCUAGACUAUCAUUGACAUGUCCUCGAAUUAGAAGUUAUUUAAAAGUUUCAUCUGUUGUAUAUCAUUAUGACACUCUUCUUUCGGUUGUGUCUUUACUAUUAACCAGGCCAAUUAGUGUGGAAGGCAUGGAUGUAGUUACACUUGAAGACAAAAAUGUUAUCAAUUUAAAGCUUAUUGAAUGUUUACUAGUCUUGAAUUUAUCAAUUUUUGAGGAUAAAAUUACAUUGGAUUCUCAUAUAAAGGAUUUAUUGAUUGAAGCUUUAUCUAAAGGACACAUAGGAAUUAAACAAGUUUGUAGCUCUUUAAUUAAGUGUGCUACAGUAUCUUAUAAUCGACAAACUUCAAAUUCUCUAACAACUGAUCAAUCAUUAACUAGGCUAUUGGAGAUAGAAACACCAGGAAAAUCUGAAUGGCUACCAUUUGAUGAUGAUGAUGAUUUUAUCUCUGGUGACGAAGGUUAUGAAGCAGAUAUUGAGUUUCAAAGUUGGAUAAAUAUUGACUCAUCUGACAAAACUGCAGAUGAGACAAUUUCUUAUAAAAGUAUUCACCCAGACACAAAAAAAUUGAAUAUUAUGCAUCCAGCAUUGUGUACUUUGGCUGUAGACCUUAUGACUUUUUCCAGGAAUCUUGAUAAUUUAGAUGGAAUAAUUUAUUGUUUACAAAGACUAAUUGCUAUUUGCAAAGACAAUGACGAAAGUUGUAUAAAACUUUCGAAAGAAGGACUUAUUUCUAAAUUGUUAAACUGUAUCGAAGAACAUGUUAAUAAUAACGAACGAACUGAGAUUUAUGAUACAAUUUAUAUUUAUAUGAUGGAACUUAUUGCUUUAAUGGCUUGUCAUUAUAUAGAAACUUUCGAACUUGAGAUGUACUUGAACUUGUUUAAGACACCUAAUCCACCUCUCAAGUUAUUACUCCUGCCAUUAAUUUAUGUGACUGAUCACAUACCAAUCGCAUGGCGACCAUAUUACAGUAUUAAAUUUCCUGCAAAAUUAAUCUCAGAUUUACCAAUCAGUGACAGGCCUGCAGAAGCAUUAGCAAUUUUAAUUCGAGAAAACCAUAAAGAAAUUAGACUACUGACACCAUGGUCUGUAUUUGCUUUAAGCUUACCUAUAAAUACUGAUCUUGGAUGGUCUGUAUUAUCAACAGGCUUUUCAUUAUCAAUGUGGUUACGUUUAGAUCAUGUGCAUAAAUGUAUAAGCAUAAAGAGAAAUAAUUCUGCAGAAUCUAUUGGAAAGACUCAAAAUUUGCAAAAAGAAACAAACAAUUUAGAUGAUCUAACUCAUGUAUUUUCCAUUGGAUUUGAUGCUAUGCUUAUAGAGUUUUGGUUGAACCCUUUAACCGAUGGUUUUGUUGUAAGACUCACAAGACCAAAUGAAAAUAAAUUUGAAUUACUUUCUGAAGUGAACUUUAACAACUGUUUGGGUUCAAUUGCCUGGCAUCAUGUUGCUAUCAAUGUGAAUGGUAUUAAAAAAGGAGACAAAUUUAUUGAGAUAACUCUUAUAAUAGAUGGACUGUGUGAAAAUAAAGCUAGUCUAUUGUUUAAUGGAUUUCUCAUUAAAAAACCUCGGCCAUCCAAUGUUCUCUUAGGCGACACAAGAGAUAAUGCUUCUCCCUUUUCAAUUGGAAAUAUUUUAAUGUUCAGAUUGCCUGUUCUAACAAAAGAAUGUGCUAGCACUCUUGCAGCUUUUGGACCCGAUUUAGAAAAUUUGGUAGAUUGUUCAAAUAAUCCAUUAAAACCAAAUUUUAGUAUGUUGUUCAAUGAUUCAGUUUAUAAUUUAAAUACAUCUUUAAAUUCUAAUUUGGAUUGGAAUCAAAUAUUGAAACAAAGUUUUGAAAUCAUUAAACCCCUGCAGGACGUCAUAUUAUUGAGUUUCACUCCAAGACAACCACUCACAGUUUCGUUGUACUCUUUGACUCUUCCAAAUCCCACUGGUUCUUUAUUUCCUCCUACUCAACCAUUAAUGUUCAAGAUGACUACAUAUGAUUUACGUGCAUGCCAGAGCCCGCCUCAGGUGAUACCUACAGUAAUUGUUAGUUCUUUUAAAGUGCUUGAGCCACAUGGGCUACUGACUGUAGUCAAUAGAAUAGGAGGAAUGCCUCUUAUAUUGUUUUUAUUUGCAAGGGUUAUAGAAUUUCAUUCAUCUUCUAACGAUCAAGUAAAAGCGUUAAAAAUUCUGUUACAUUUUGUACAAUCUGAUUCUAAACUAUAUUCAGAGUUUAUUAUACUUGAUGGUUAUAAACUAUUAACAAAAGCUUUGAUUUCAUCAAAAAUUCAACCUAGUUGUCCAAUGCUAAUGGUCCUCCUGGAAGCAGGUUGUAAUAAAAAGGGAUCAUUUGUUUAUGUAAAUGAUGAAUGGAUUGUCAAUAUGUUUUAUGAAGGAGUUUUGUUGAAUACUUGUUUUAUAAAAGAUGUAAUUUUGCCAUGUUGGAAGAUAUGGACUGCCAAUAAUCAACAGAUUAUUCAGUAUCUUUUUAAAUUUUGUAAACAUCUUUUGUCGUUGAACCAUCCACAUAGAAAAUUUAAUUUGAAACAAAUUCAAUCAUCUGAAUUAUUAGAAUCAAUUUUAUUGCAAAUUAAGUGUCAAUUAUUGUUAGAAGAUUCAAAUGAAACUGCAUUAAUAGGAUGUGUGCAAAAAGAUUUUGUUGAUUUUGUACAAAGUAUUUUUGAUUUACGAACAAAUAAGAGUUAUAUUACAUUGAUAUUAGACUUCUUAAUUGCUGUACAUCCAAGUAAAAAUUUGUACUUACCUCAUUUAAAAGCAUCAGUAUAUUUUGUUCUGUCUCCUCAAUCAAGAAUUUAUGCCUCACCUGAUCAUCACAUUCAUGUAUCGUCAGAAUCUGAAGAGUCUAAUAGGAAAUUUAAUUUAAAUGAUUACUCAGAAACUGACUUUUCUGGUUCUAUUGAUACUCACAGGUUAAAUACAGAAUUAUUAAAACUCCAGGUACGGCAAGAGUUGUUAAAAAAUAAUAAAAUAAAUUCAUCAAGAGCUAGUGAAGAAACAUCAGAAAGUAGUGACCAUUUUGUUCCAGAAGAAACUGGCCAGGAUUCUGGUAUAGAUGGUAGUGUGAAUGAUGUUGCCAUUGCUAUAAAAAAUAAUGAAGGAAAUUUGUCUUUGGACUAUGGUAAUGCUUGUGAAGCAGAAGUGUACUUUGGAGCUCAAAAAAAAAUUAAUGAAAAACAAUUUAAAUCUUCUGAUUCUGAAAGUCACAGUGAGAUGAUUGAAGGCUUAUUUUCUAUACUAAGAGAUGUUAUCAUUAAUAUUUCAAAUUGUGUUCCCGGUAAUGUUAUUGAUAAAAUGUUUGACGCCGAGAAACUGGUUGUUUUACUCAAUAAUCCUAGUCCUUCAAUUAAAAUUAUUAUUUUAAAAAUAAUAAGUGUGUUCUUACAACGAUGUAGUUUAUCGUAUGCUAAGAAAUUUGUCACUAAAUUUAAAGGAUUCUAUCAAAUGGCAAAUAUAUUGGCAUUACAUCAAACUACUGUGAAUUUAGUUGACACUUGCGCUUCAAUGUUUACUGGUAGUUAUUGGCUUCCUUUGGAUCAACAACUGCAUUGGGACCAAUCUGUUGAAAUGGGUUCUUUUAAUUUUUUGGCGGUUCCAUUAUUACUCUCGCUGUUACCAAAAUCUACAUUUAAUUUGACAUUGUGUACAAACAUAGUUAACUUCUUUCUAAAACUUGUAACCAAAGUUCCACAGUGUUUGCAUACUAUUUUAGAGUAUGGUUUGGUUGAAUGUCUAUUGAAAACAUUAUCAGUAAUAGCUAGUAUUUACCCUACUUCUCAAAACCAUACAGACUUAAAUAAGCAAGAUAUACUUGUUGAUGAUAUAAAUUCAUUAUUAAUAACAUUGAUUACUUCAGCUAUUCAUACACCUGGUAUACAAAAUCUUCAAAUUUUAAAUGAUUCUGUUUACCAGUGUCGUUAUUUACAAAAAGCAGAAAUACAAACAUCAAGAGAGGGCGUCAAGUCUAACUUAACCUUAAGGGAAACUCAACGUUUUAUUUUAGAAUCUGGAAUGGACACAAUUCAAGACCUCAUACAGACUCAACCACCUUUAGUUCCUGCUUUAUCCCGGUUGAAAAAGAACCUGAGUUCUGUGUUAUCUUUGAACAACCCUAAAGAAACAAAUAACGUAGCAUCCAUGUCGAACAGCGAAUCAAGUCUAUUUAGUAUUGUAUCUAAUAGUAAUCGUCAAAGAUCUUUAUCUAAAGCGGAAUUAGUUGAAAGAUACAAAAAUAUAAUCAUUCGAUCUGUUGAGUUUAUUUUUGCUUCAAAUGAGAAAACAAGUGAUGAAGUUACUCCUGAAGUAGCUUUUGGAUGCCAUUUAUUCACAAUUCUCCUGUACAAUCUUACUAGUAUUACACAGAACACGAGAGAACAAAGACAUCAUCCAUGGGUGUCUAUUUACGGUGCUGCUCGUGAUGUUAUAAGAUUGCAAGGUGCCAAUUUAUUAGUAUGGCUUUUAAGUCCACUUCAAACAACAAGGAUACGUAUUUUUGCUGUGAAAUCAUUAUUAAAUGAACCUAGAUCUAAAGAAUUGUUCAAAAACAUAAUAUAUAUAAAUCCUCAGGACAUCAUCAUAUUCCUCAAGAGUACUUGA